AUGUCGCAGUCUCGUCAUGACGAGGACGAGCGAGGGGAAGACACAUCGUCCGAGACGUCGCAAUCUGACUUUGAGGUUGACGAGUCAGAAAGUGAUGGCUCAGACGACAGAUGGCCAAUGCCUGCCAGCAUUGAAGACAUGGACGAAGUAGACGAACAGCUCCUUCGACACUUUCUUGAAAGUCAACCCUGGCACACUCCUAUCAGGCAACACAUCAAAGACAUGAUCGAAGCGGACAAAUGGCUCCUUCGAUACUACCAUGAAGAUCCAAAGAUCAAAGCCAUGGCGGAUGACAUGUCAAAGGAAGAUAUCACCGCCUUGAUCCAAAGCAUGGAGGGUGGCGAGUCGCUCGACUACACAACAGGCAUGGCUCGUGCGCAUAGCUUGCACAUCACUUUCAAACAGCGGGCGCUGAAGGCAAGCCAGUGGAAACUGGUCCGCCAACUCAGAAUUGAUAUCAAGCGUCAGCAUGCACUAAUGCUAUCAAUUGGCAUUUACCAGGAGGACGAAGACAAGUGGUCAAUGUUGUCUACGAGGCUGCACGAAGAGACCUUGCGGAGGAAUGGCGAGGGUGAAGAGGUCCUUCAAAUUCCUGGCGAGUCGCUUCGGAAGAUGUGGGCAAAGCAGGAGAAGUUGGACUGGCCAGAGGUAGUGGGAGAAGACAUAUUGAAGGAGCUUGAUGAACUCAAAGCCCGACGUCGACAGGUCAACCCGCAGUAG